CCAUAUUUGGGGGUGAGUGGAACCGUCAACCGGAUGCUUCAACUUUAUACAUUCGGUGAAACAUCUGGCUCACGUAACCAUCCACUGCGCCAUAACCUACGCUCGUGAACUUUGAACAACGUUAGCGUUAUUCUUGACCACUACAACGGCAGCCAUUUCCGAAAAAGGGAGGAACUUACAGAUGGAAGCGUGGAGUCAGAAACCGACGCCACCAUCACUGUGACAAAGGAGGCAGUCCUAGGGUUCCCACACUGCCCUAGUUCCAUGUUGCAGCGCUUGUUUACGGAAAACAAAUGAAAGACAGUCGACUACCUGUGCUAAUUAGCUAUAUGUGUCUCCAAACACCUGUUUGUGAACCGAAGACUGACACCACAAAUGUGUUGUCACUCAACCACUCGGCUGCAACUGUGUUAAAACAGUGUACAUGAAGCUGUCAGAGGAGAUGGAUGUGGAAGCUGAUUUGGUCUACCCAAUCACUUGUGGGGAUGUGAAGGGCACCCUGGUCUGGAAGAAGUUUGUUUGCCCUGGCAUCAACAUCAAAUGUGUCCAAUUCAAUGAGCAUCUCAUCAGUCCCAAGGAAUUUGUCUAUCUGGCUGGGAAAUCUACAUUGAAGGACUGGAAGAGAGCCAUUCGCGUGAACGGCACUAUGAUCAGGAAAAUCAUGGACUCAGGCGAGUUGGAUUUCUACCAGCACUCCAAGGUGUGCUCCAACACCUGCCGCAGUACUAAGAUUGACCUGGUGGGGACCAGAGUGUCACUCAGCAGCCAGCAGGCCACCGAAUAUGUUCCUGUCACUCCUUCCUUAUCUGACGUGAACGGAUCACCCGCCAUGUUUCCAACAGAGGUAUCAUCACACAACACCACGGAAUGGGUCACGGCCAUAGGAGAGGAUUCUGUGACCUUUUGGAGGGGUCUGAAGGAGGCUGGGUUGCUGGAGGAAGUGGUGGAGGACUUCCAGAAGGAGAUUCAGGAGGUGCUAAAGGGAAUGCAGGAGCGCAUCACCGAGCCUCCCCUGCAGGUCAAUGAUGCUGUGCUGCUGAACAAUAUAGUGCAGAACUUCGGCAUGCUCGACUUGGUUAAGAAGGUGCUAGCCAGUCACAAGAGCCAGAUGGACCGACAUAGGGAGCAGUAUUCACGCAGUCUUGUCGCUCUGGAGCAGCAGUGUGACGAGCACAGGAAACGUGCCAAGGAGUUAAAGAGCAAAUCCCAACACCUCAACAACGUCCUCAUGACCCUAACUCCCGUGGCCGUGUCGUCCACGCCCAAAUGCCCACGCCUCACCCGCGCUGUCUCGGGCCCUGCCGUUAUGUCCAGUGCCCCCACCCAGAUCACCCUGCCCCUCACCCAGCUGGCAGGCCUGCCUGCUGGGUGCAAAGUGCUCUCGAUAGGGGGAGCCGGUGCCGGCCAGCAGACCUACACGGUGCUGACCUCCCCCACGGGCGAGCUGGGGCCAGAUGCUUCCAAUCUGACUGUACUCUCCACGGCCGCCGCCGUUCAGGAGGGUGCACCCGCACCAUCAGCCUUCGUCAAGAUGGUCAGCUCAGGCUAUCAGCUGAUCACGCUGCCUGCCGCGUUGAGCACCCAGCUACAGGGCCUGGCUGGGGGCACGGCCCAGGGCACCACUACCAUGAUGGCAGUACCUAUGGGUAACAACGCACUGCAGAACACGGCAGCAGUGGUCACAGCAUUGGGGAGACGGGUGGAAGUUCAUGUGCAGGAGGGUGUGGCACCAGAGACUGAGGAGCAGGAGGCGAAGGAGACGGUGGAGAGUUAGAGAGAUGUAUUCCUCCUGUAGUGUUAAAAACACGUCGGGGACUCUUCACUGGUUUGGAGUGCAAGUACUGGAACCAGUGCCUAGGUCUAGUGGUGUGGAACUAUGAAGGACCCAUAUCAGUAAAGAUUACUUAAAAUGUAUAACUACAUGCACUGCUCAUUUUACUCAAAGCACACCUGUGUGUGUGUGUGUGUGUGUGUGUGUGUGUGUGUGUGUGUGUGUGUGUGUGUGUGUGUGUGUGUGUGUGUGUGUGUGUGUGUGUGUGUGUGUGUGUGUGUGUGUGUGUGUGUGUGUAGGUGAAAAUGUCUGUGCAGAAUUGAGUUUGGAAUUCAUAAGUGUAUAUUUUUAUAACCAUGCAAGUAGAUGCCGACUCUGCUCAAAAGCCACGAUCUUAGUUCUUCUCAGGUGUCCAUUUUCACUGGGGUGUAGGUGCCAUGUUCACAUUAUCUCUUUACAUUGUGCUAAAAAUGUAAAUUCUACAAUCUUUCAACAGAAUGUUUUUCCUUUUCAACAUUUAAUAACUGUAUAUAACUUUUUGUUCAAUAUUACAAUGCAUUUUAUUAUAUAGUUCAUAUUUUUGAACAAAUACUUGUCAGUGUACUCUGUAAAUGAAUUGUAUAAAUUCUUAAAUCUAGCCAUUACUGGAAAACUUGAAGUAUUUGGCAUUUGUUUUUAUUUCUAAACCAGUUGUUCAAUUCACCAUGAAAUCAACUUUUAAUAGCUUUGUGUAACAUUUCUUCUGAGCAGAAAAGGCGUUGAGUUGUGAAUUUCAGUCUUCUCAUUAACUUAAAUGACAUGGCUCAUGAAAGGGCAAAUCAAAAUGCAACCUUGAACAGUGAGUCCGCAUGAUCAUGGCCCUCGCUUGAUGGGCAAGCAUACAAGCUAGGCUACAUGACUGUUAAACUCUCCGUCUGGUUGCGCUGCAAUGAAAUACUGUAGGUAAGCUUAAGUUUGUAUAUGGCCCUGUUUUUACACAGGUUUUCUAUUUAAACUUACUCAUGCUUGUUACACGCUCUGAAAGCUGUUAUUGUACUGCAUCGGUCUGUUACAAUAGCCAAUGUUUACUAUGCAUGUUUUCAGACCUGUCUCUAAUAUGCUACUAGCCCCACACCUUGAUAUCAGAACAUGCCGGUAGGGAGUGCUGAAGGGUUUAUUUUGCUUCUCCAGAUAUUCCUUUAUUAUUUUCCCCUAACCCUACCUCCACUAAUUGGAGUAAACUAAUGGACAACAACACCUAGGCUUCAACUUCCAGCUUAUACAUGUCCAAGCUGACAUGCUAUAUUUUACGGACGCAGUAUAUUUAAGCAAUACGGCCCGAGGAGGAGUGGUAUAUGGCCAAUAUACCAUGUCUAAGGGCUGUUCUUACGCACAACAAAACACUGAGUGCCCGGAUACAGGCUGUAUACUGGCCAUAUCACAAACCCCUGAGGUACCUUCAUGUAAUUUUAGCUGUAAAAUUAAAUGUUUUGUCAUACCUGUGGUAUACGGUCUUGAUAUACCACUGCUGUCAACCAAUCAGCAUUCAGUGCUCGAACCACCCAGUUUAGGAUUUACAAUAGUUAUCUUUUGUUUAUUUUUAGUCCCAUCCUUCAGCUCCCCUCAACCCCUCCCAUCUAUCUCUGAAGACCAUCCAGUUGUGAUUUCUACUUGCCAUAUUUUUCAACUUUGCUGUUUCACAAAAGUUAUGAACCUAUAUGAAUUUUACGGAAACAGUAUAUUUUACAUUUGUUUUCUUGUUAUAAUAUAAAUAAUAUAUGCCAUUUAGCAGACGCUUUUAUCCAAAGCGACUUACAGUCAUGUGUGCAUACAUUCUACGUAUGGGUGGUCCCGGGGAUCGAACCCACUACCCUGGCGUUACAAGCGCCAUGCUCUACCAACUGAGCUACAGAAGUUAUCCAGAUACUCAUCUUUGGCCAGUGACUGCCGACAGGUGCGUUGCACUUGGUUUUGGGUGCAUAGAGCAAAUCAGAUGCCAUCAACCGUGAAUAACCGUUCAAUGUUGAGUUUGAUUUUCCCUUUCGUGAUGGGAACUUUAUGUUCAAAGUUCAAAACAUUUUGAUCGUAAUGCCAAUUUCAAGAAUCAAAUCGCUGAACUUCAAAGACUACAACAGUUUAUUCAAUGUGAAUCAUUCGAGCUGACUCAUGAUUGUGAAUGCAAUGAAAGGCGCUCUCCAUGAUGCUGAAAUGCACCACGAGCCUAUCUGCAUUGGUACUCCAAUGUCCAAUGCGCCACGCUGUCCUCUUGGCAAUGUAGGGCUACUCGUCCACACUCGUCCACAAGAUGGUGCUAGUGCCAAUUUCACUCAUCAGCAUUCCAUUUAGUUGGGUGAUUGAUUUUAAGAAACGUUUUUGUUGAACAUCGAUUAUAAAUGAAAAGACCAAAAGGUCCUCAUCAUCCUCCGUUCGCUAUGCUGCAGGCCUGUAAGGCCAUGUUUUUGCUGAUGUUUGUGUUCUUCUCGUUUGUUGAAAUAUUGCAGUUGUCUCAGAACCACAAGUCUAAAAAAAAUAAAAUAAUAAUGUAUCAAAUGAGAUGAUCAACUUUGACACUUAAAGACGUUUAGGGUCACAGGUUGUUGGCGGUGCCCAAAGAUGUGUGUAUUUACGUGUUUGGUCACCUUUGGCACUACAAGGUGAAUGGCAAGAUGUCCAUUGGAUUACAUUUUGGGGGGGAUUUUUUUCUAUUGUAGCCAGUGGCGACCGACCAUUCAGGGUUUAGGGAAAAAAAGUGUUGCCUGUUUUUGCAUGUUAUUUUGGCAUUUAAUACUUGUCACACAUCAGUUUGCAAAGAAUGUAAAACAUAAACCGUUAAUAAAGCUGCAUACAAA